UUUUUGCUUUUAGCCAAGGGUACGGGGUUGUGUGUUAGGGGGGAAAAAAGGAACAAGUUUGCUUAACCUGAAUAAAUAUACUUACACGUUUAAAACAUUUAUAUAUUUAAUACUAUCCAUAGUUUGCGAUCGCUUCUUUAAGAAACCUUUUUGAAAAAAAAAGUAAGAUUAAACUUUUGUUUUAUUUAGAAAGAGUUUAUAUUUUGUUUUCAUCUUUUAAAAACAACUUCACCAGUGGUCUUAAAGAUGAUUGAUACAGUUGUACCAGGAUCGGAAGCCUUGCCGUUCUCUAUACAGCUGAAGGCCCUGUUGGAUCAAGAGACAAAAUACCAGCCCAAACUGUGUGGCUUGAGGUUGAUUGAAUCGGCCAACGAUAAUGGCCUGAGAAUGACGGCCAGGCUGAGAGAUUUUGAAAUUAGAGAUCUGUUGUCUUUAACUCGGUUCUUCAGCUUUAGUGCUGAGACAUUCUCGCUUGCUGUGAACCUGCUUGAUCGGUUCUUGGCUCAAAUGAAGGUGCAACCAAAGCAUUUAUCCUGUGUUGGGUUAUGCUGUUUUUACUUGGCUGUGAAAUCUCUGGAGGAGGAGAGGAAUGUCCCGCUUGCCAAUGAUUUAAUCCGAAUCAGCCAGCGCAGAUUCACUGUUUCAGACAUGAUGAGAAUGGAGAAGAUCAUAAUAGAGAAACUCUACUGGAAAAUAAAAUCUACUACUGCCUUGCAAUUGCUGAGGCUGUAUCACUCGCACAUCACUGAGCAAUCUGUCUCUGAAAGCAAGACGCUGCUGAACAUUGAACGACUUGAAGCUCAGCUAAAAGCAUGCCACUGUCGCUUUGCUUUCUCAAAAGCAAAGCCCUCUGUGCUAGCUCUGGCUAUACUGGCUCUGGAGAUCCAAGAGCAGAAGCUUCAUGAAUUGGCAGAUUUGUUGCAGAGUCUCCAGCAGCAGUCCAAUAUUUCAUGCCGAGAGCUGUUCUAUUGGAGAGAGCUGGUUGCUAAAUGCCUUGCUGAAUACUCUUCGCCCAAGUGUGCCAAGCCAAACAAUCAGAAACUGAGGUGGAUCGUAUCGGGGAGGACUGCUCGACAACUGAAGCACAGCUAUUACAGGAUAGCGCACCUUCCAACGAUUCCAGAGGCUGCUUAAUAAAGAGAAAAAAGGUGCUGAUGUGGUGGUACUUGAUGCCUGAAGGAUUCAUUUGUUAAAAGAAAAAAAAAAAAACAGUAGUAGAUGAAAUUGUUAAAGAACAAUUUAUUAAUACAGGCAGCUAUUAGGAAUUUGCAUUUUUUUCUCUUUCUUUUGGAUAACGCUGUUUAUGGCGAAGUUGGUAUUAUGGCCAUAUUUGAUGCAGCCAAGAAGUGCCAAAAUAUACAUCCUAUCAAAUUUUUAUUUUGAAGUAACAUCCUAUAAACCUACAGUAUAUGAAACACUUCUUGGAUAGUUACCUUAAAAGCUGUGACAUCCAAUGGUCUCCAUAACCUGCAAAUUUCAUGUUCUUAAUUUCAAGUCUUUAAAGUUACUUCCUAAAAAAAAAUUGCUUGACGACACAGAAGUUUAACUUAAGUGAACUGAAAUUUAAACUGGUUUGUCCACAUGCUUUUUGUUUUUUUGCAGUAUUUGCACUUUGAGUACUAUUGUAUUAUGCUACAGAUUGGCUACUACCACUAAAGGGCUAAGCAUUUUGAACAGCUGUGAUGAAGAACCACUGUAUAGAUGAUGGUUAGACUCUUUACUACAAAGAGUCUUUCAGUUCUCUUUGUACACUGCACCAGCACAUGGGCCAUUUUAGCCAUGAGCUGUGGUAUAUAUUCGGAUGAAUUUCAUCAGCUUAAAUGUGAAAAAAUGCAGCCUGUUCUCUGGUAAUAGCCUUUAAAAUAUAAUUUUUGAAGAAGCUCGCUGUUUUAAAUGUAAAGCCUUCAUUAAGUGUAAAUUGAAGAACAAGGUUGGUUUUGGUUUUAAAAAAUUCAGAACAUAGCAGUAAAUGGAUGAAUUUCUUAAUGAUCUACACUGCAGCAGAUCUAAAUGCCACUGUCAUUUUUAUAUUGUAAGGCAACAGGUGUGUUUUCCCCCCCAAUGGCGAUUUUAUAAUUGACCCCUUUUAAUAACCGCAUAAAGUACAGUAAAAAAAAGGUCUGCCAUAGAGCAGUUCUGGCAGUUUGAGUGACAUUGUUCGGAUCUGCUGCAGUUUAGAUAAUUAAAAUAGACUAUUGGGCCAGAUUUUUUUUUUUUUGUGGGUAUAGCUUAUUUAUUCAACCUUGUUUUUGGUUUCACUGAUUUUUGAAGGCUUUUAUUUUUGUGUAUGUUUUCACUUUAAUCAGUGCCAUGGUUCUUGGUUACAUCGCCUUUGGCACUGGUGAAGGUUUAAGAGCAGUAAAGUUAUGAACCACCUAGGUCCUCAGUCCACUAUGUGGAAGAGGAGGAAGAAGGGUUUUGUGAGCUAAAUGAUCAGAAAAUCGGAAACCAAGAAAAUUGAACCCAAAACCCUUAAACUUCCACCCUAGGUAGCUGAGCAAUCCUAAUACACACUCCUACCCAAGGUUAUAGUUGUUCGAGUUAUCUUUUAGGUAAGAUAACAGUGUAAGGUAUUAUUUAAAUUGUGAUCCUUACAGCAGAUGAAAUACUCCACUCAGAAGAGUGGUAUAAUGAGGGGCACAGAGCAGCGACAUGGGCUCUAAUGGUUUCUUCUUGGUGCCCCAAAUGAUUGACAGCCUGUUUUCUCUUAUUUCCUACAACACUACAUGUUUUCAAGUUGUAGGCAUGGCUUAAACAAUAGCACCUGCAUUUGUUUAACAUGAAAAACACAACUUUUAAAUCUCCUAAAAUGUUAAGGGCCUCUUAUGAUUAGGUCUUGUUUCUGUACUAUCAGACUCUCCUAUUCAGUUAACAUUUUUUGUUUGUGUGUGUGUUUUUUGUUUGUGUUCUUUUAUUUUCCAUGUUGCUAAGCAUUGUCAUCAUACUGCUGAUGUUGCGGUGCAGUGAUGCCUCUAUAAAGCUCAUAUCUAAACACCUAUCUAGAUCACGCUAGUCACACCAGACUAGCCUAGAGUGUUUUUAUUAACUUUUUUUUUUUAUCCCCUACAUUACCACCAUCAAAUAUAAAAUUAGAGGCAUCUAUUUAGAUGAUUAUUGCAAUUAAUACUGUUAACAUUUGAAAGUUUAGGUACAGUAUAUCUCCAAAAAGUUUAGGCAGUAUCUCGCUAAAAAUCCCCUUUUUUUUUUUUUUUUUUUUUUUUUUGCAUUUGUAUAUGAUAGAAUGAUGAAUUGGAGAAAUAUGAAUAGUAAAUUGGUUUACCCAGAAAUUGAUCGACGCCAUUAGAAACAAUUUUUUUUUUUGUGUAAUCAGUCACUCAAUAAAAUACUUUACGUUAAACCUGGUUUUACAAUCAAGUUAAUGUUUGUUUUGCAAAACUAAUUGAGCUAUGUACAUUUUCUUUUUAAUUGUUUUUGUAUUUUGAAGGAUCUGGAAUUGUUGGCACAAUUUUAAAAUAUCAAAGUAUUCAAAGAGCACUUUAAAGUAUGCUGUGGCCUUUUAAACUUAAUUGUGUGGCUCCUACUGAAUGAAGAGCAUUCCGAGAAUAAAGAUCUACACCCACAGACAUGAAACUGAAAUGUUAUGUAUGCUUUUGUUGUGCCUUAAUCUUGCUGAAAUUCCAGAGUAUUCCUUUUAAAUACAAUUUAAGAAUACAAAAAAAUGAAACAAUAGAAAGCUGGUGUCUUGCUCAUUUAGAAAGAGGUGCAAUGUUGAAUUCCCAAGUUUUACCAUUUAUGUUCAGUCAGCUGAGAAAUGUGGCAGACUUGUGGAAGUUAUUUUGUUUUCAUGGUAAAGACUGUCAUGAACUAAUAAACUGUUUUUUUUUUUUUUUGUGACCUUUCAAUAAAAAUAUUGGAAUGUGA